GACCCAUCAAUGGCGCUACCGAAGGGUACAUUGUUAGCCAUUCUCUAUACUACCAUUACCUACUUACUUAUGGCGUGGUUUGUUGGACUGGAGGUAGUGCGUGACGCAACAGGUGAUGUAGAUGAUAUCGAAGGCGGUAAUUUCACAAAACUUUGCAAUGUUCCAGACUAUGAAUGCGAAUACGGUCUGAUGAACAACGCUCAGAUUAUAAGUAUGGUUUCGUGGCUGCCUGCAUUUGUUAUACUUGGUAUUUUCGCAGCAACUCUGUCUUCGGCUCUAGCCAGUUUGGUUGGUGGGCCAAGGAUAUUUCAG